AUGGCCAGUGUACAAGCCCAAGCCGCAAAUGCUGCAUCGGCCCCUGCUUGGAGGCAAUUCUCCUUCUUUGAUGUGGUGCCAGUCAAGGAUGUGCAUGACCUUGCUUCACCACCGGAGAUAUUCAAAAAUCCAUUCGAAAUAUCUACGACUGCUACGUCAAGCAUCGGAGUCCUGGUCGCCGAUUUGCAUGGCAGCAUUCAUAUCCUUGACAAGCAUUUCGAGAUUACCAGAAGUUGGGUUGCUCACGUCGGCGGCAGAGUCACGCACAUGUCAGAACGCAAAGGGGUAUUGAUAUCUAUGGGAGAAGAAGACUCCGUGAAGUCCCCUCUGCUGAAGAUAUGGGACCUAGGUAGCAAUGAUAAAAAGACCGGCGCUCCCCUACUACUCCGAUCCGUAAAGAUUCAACCAAGCAAUCGUCCGCAUCCGGUUACCACUAUCGCCCUGUCGGCUUCCCUCUCGCACCUAGCCAUUGGACUUGCUGAUGGAACAGUUCUCUUAUAUCGGCACCUGGACCAGUCCGUCUCCUCUUCUUCGAACUUGACUGCUGUGCCUAAACCUCGAACCGUAUUCGAGUCCUCCACUGAGCCCAUAACUGGCCUCGGCUUCAAGGAACCAACAGAGGAAACCAAUAGCCUCUAUCUCUUCAUCGUCACUACAAAUCGAGUGUUGUCCUACCAAGCCAGUGGUCGAGGGAGCGGAGGCGCCCCUGUAGUCAUAGACGAAGUUGGUUCUGCGCUGGGGUGUGCGACUGUCGACUGGAGAGCAAGUGAUAUUGUCGUGGCUCGUGAUGAAGCUAUCUACAUCUGUGGAACGGAGGGCCGAGGUGCCUGCCUCGCGUACGAAGGACACAAGUCGUUUGUACUCACGCAUCUCAAUUACCUUGUUAUGAUUUCCCCUCCUAUGGUGCCUUCUGCUUCGGCUGCAUCCGCUACCGUGAGGCACGUCGCGCGAGCCGCCAACUCUGUCGACUCCGAGAUCACAAAGGUCACUGUCUUCGAUCUCGAGAACAAAUUUGUUGCUUUCUCUGGUACCUUCACUCAGGGUGUUAGCAGAGUAUUCUCUGGGUAUAACAAAAUAUAUGUUCUACUCACUGAUGGCCAGCUAUCUACUCUUGAAGAGAAGCCGACCUCUACAAAAUUGAACAUGCUCUACAGCAAGUCACUCUUCGUGCUGGCUUUGAGUCUAGCCAAAACGCAGGAACUCGAUGAAUCCAGUGUAGCCGAUAUACACCGACAAUACGGGGAUCAUCUAUAUACGAAAGGCGACUACGAUGGUGCUAUGUCCCAAUAUGUCAAGACGCUAGGUAACCUGCAGCCCAGCUAUGUCAUCCGCAAGUAUCUGGACGCUCAAAGGAUCCACAAUCUCGUUACUUAUCUCCAAGAACUCCACUCAAUUGGGCUCGCGAACGCUGACCAUACCACCCUUCUGCUUAACGCGUACACGAAGCUCAAGGAUGUCUCGCGUCUCGACAAUUUCAUCAAGACUGAAUCUAAGCGUGACUCGGACGACCUUGAUGAACUACCUUUCGAUCUCGAAACGGCUAUCCGAGUAUGUAGACAAGCUGGGUACUUCGACCACGCUUCCUACUUGGCAAGAAAGUACGAACGUCACGAAGACUAUCUGCGGAUACAGAUAGAAGAUGCUGGGAACUACAAGGAGGCCCUUCUCUACCUCCGUAGGCUUGGGCCAGAAGCUGCAGAGAACAGUCUCGCUAGGUAUGGUCGAGCGAUGCUAGGAAGUCUGCCAACGGAGACAACGCAACUUCUUAUUGAUCUUUGCACGUCAUCCAUGCCUUUGUUGCAAGAGGUUGAAACAUCUUCGGAUAAGCCCACGAACUCGACGCCGUCUUACCUCUCCUACCUUGCGUUGAACCGCAAUUCUGUCGUAGUGCCAACUAUAGUCUCCUCUGAUACUGCUGUACCACCAUCACCGUCAAUCAAAACUGUCUGGCCAGGCGAGACAGUAUCCCGUCGGGGGUCUGUACAUGCUGUUUCCCGCCCAGACACGCCACCUGCUUCUUCAUCUCCCGUAUCAGUCAAGCCUCCGCGCUUGAACCCUAUAAAACGGCCUUCCCCUCGGUUAUACUUUGCCCAUUUCGUCGACCAUAUGGACCACUUCAUUAUCUUCCUUGAGACUGUUGCCACUCUACGAUGGGGCCAAGCGAUCAAGUCAGACGGCACGAUUUCAAUAGUAGCUCCUGAUCCACCUCCUGGUGAUGGUCUCCCGAAUGAAGAACUAGAAGCGGCCGACCAGACGGCUGUCUGGAACACGCUGCUCGAGCUUUACUUGACUUCUGAAGAUGGGACUAACCUUCGGCCAAAAGCAUUGGGCGUACUCAAAAGCCAGUUACCUUUUGAUCCCACUCAUGCACUCAUCCUAUGCUCAAGUCACGCUUACACACCUGGUCUUGUUUUGCUAUGGGAGAAACUCGGCAUGUACGAGGAUGUCCUGCGGUUCUGGAUAGACAAGUGCAAUGAAGGUGAACCUGAGGCCUCUCGAGAAGUUCUCCGCCAUCUCGACAUAUACGGAAAGGAUCACCCUUCCCUAUACCCCCUCGUCCUGCGGUUCUUGACCUCCACCCCCGAGUUAUUAUCUAAGCAUGUGGAUGAUCUGAAAACCAUCUUGGACUACAUCGACAAAGAAAAGAUUAUCCCUCCUCUAGGCAUUAUCCAGGUCCUGAGCAGAAACGGAGUUGCGAGUGUUGGUCUAGUCAAGUCAUGGUUGGUCGGCCACAUCACAAGCUCGCGAGAACAGAUUCACCGGGAUCAAGACUGGACGAACUCCUACCGCCUGGAGACGCAAUCCAAAUUGCAGCAGGUGAAGGAACUCUCUGACAUCGACCAGCCGAGGGUUUUCCAUGUUACUCGCUGCUCGUCAUGUGGAGGACAGUUGGAUCUUCCUAGCGUCCACUUCCUGUGCAACCAUAGCUAUCAUCAAAGGUGCCUAAUUGAUCAGGAUACAGAAUGUCCUAACUGCGUGCGGGAGCACGGUGUCAUUCGCGAGAUCAGGCAGAACAACGAGCGCCUCGCUGCCCAACAUGACAUAUUCUUAUCUGAGGUGCAGGAAGAUGGCUUUUCGGCGGUGGCCUCCGCCUUCAGUCGAGGCUUUCUGAAUAUGAACAGAGCGGAGGACAUUAGCGCAUCGUCAUAG